CUAUGAAAUGUUUUAUACAUUUUUUAAGAUAUUUUCUUAUUUAAGUUUUGUCCAGCGGCAUGAUGUCAACCACAGCCUGCCACAAUAAAACCAGAAGUAGGGAUGUUUAGUCUUCAAAAUAAAAGCUGCAUUAGAGUCUGAAUCCUGGACUGGACCCUCUGGAUGUAGCAUCAGCUCUCCUCAUUAGCUCAAACAUUUUCAUGUUUAUUAGACUGGAAGUUGCUCAAAAUAAUCUAUUCCUGGAAUUAAUGCCAAACGUCUGCAGCCUGGAAAUGUUGGUUCUUAUUACUAGUUGCAGUUUUUCACUUAAUCACAUGUUGCACAAGACAAAUAAGUGGUUAUUUUCUCAAUGUAUCCACAUGACUUCUUUUCAUGUGUAAAAUACCCUUUAUGGCAUGCGCAGGAUGAUACAUUUACAAGUGAUGGGAAAUGGACUGUGAUUAUAGCUUUUGUGACAAAGUGCCCUUCAUUUACACACACACACACACACACACACACACACACACACACACACACACACACACAAACUGACAGCCUUGAAUUCAGUGCUUUGUUCACGGAGCGUCAACAUGUGGACACCCACAGCUCCUGAGCCACACCCACCUCUUACAUAUAAUCUGUCUACAGGACACUUUUUACCUUUACAAGGUGAGCUGUGCAUUAGAUUUUAAUCUGAAGUUUAAAGUAGAGGAGUAAAAGUACCAGUACAACAGUGUAAACGGGACUCCAUUACCUGUCAAACACCUACCGUUUGUGGUAUGUUGUGUAGUAUGAAGUAUAAAGUGGAGAAAAGAAAGACUCAAGUUAAAUAUCUGAAAUGUGUUCUUAUUUACAGUACCUGAGUAAAUGGAAAGGUGACUCUCGUAUGCCAGUCAACACAUUUAAUAAGUUCAAAACCAAAUUUAUUAUGAAAGUUUCGUAACCGGAAGUUCUUUAACAAUGUGGCGAACUUUAUGCCACCAUGUUGGCUUCCAAACGGCAGCUAGUCCCGCCCCCUACUUUCUCACCUGUGCACCUGGCGUACCUGUCCGCAGAGGUGUCGCUGUGCCGGAGACAAGCGGAUCAGGUGCGACUGAGGAGGGGGGUAUUUGUUCUGCUAUGGCGGAGUCUCAGCUGCGGUGCAUGGACGAUGAGCACGUCAACGAGAAGAUCCCGGAGUCCCGACCGGAGUUCUACUACAGCGAGGAGCAGCGCGCGGCUCUCGAGCAGCUGCUCAGGAGCGGGGACGGGGCCUUCAAGAUGCGCCUCAAGGAGGACAACAUCAAGGACUUCCUCUCGGCCAAGGAGGUGAGACUCCUCCGGAAAACCUUUCACGAAUACAGCACGGACUGCGACCCCGAGUCCGGCGAGCACGACAAGUCCAAGGGGUCGUCCAGUGCGGACUCCGGGGUCCACUCCACCUACUGGCCCCAGAUGUCCGACACAGAGGUCCCGCCUCUGGACAUCGGCUGGCCGGGCAGCAGCGGCGUCUACAAGGGGGUGACCCGGGUGUCCGUGUACACCCAUCCGCCCAAAGAGUCCGGGCCGCACAUCAAGGAGGUGGUGAGGAGGCUCAUCCAGGAAGCGCAGAAGGUGGUGGCCAUAGUCAUGGACCUCCUGACUGACCUGCAGAUCCUCCAGGACCUGCUGGAUGCGUCGUCACGGCGCGGGGUGGCCGUUUACGCUGUGCUGGAGGCCGGGGGCGUGCCCUUCUUCCUGGAUAUGUGCACUCGGCUGCAGAUCAACGCAUCGCAUCUGCGGAACCUCCGUGUGCGGAUGGUGAAAGGUGCAGGGCUGGCCCUGUCCUUUGGAAAGCUGCCCGGGUCCGUCUGCUCCAAGUACAUGCUGGUAGAUGGAGAGAAAGUCAUGUUUGGGUCGUACAGCUUCACCUGGACUUCCUCCCGGAUGAACAGGAACACGAUCACCGUCAUGUCGGGACAAACUGUGGACUUCUUUGACAAUGACUUUAGGGAGCUGUACGCCGUGUCCGAUCAGGUGGACCUCUACAAGGAGUUCAACAUCACCAAGCCGCCCAUACCUACACCCAUCGCAAAGCCGAAGGUGGAGCCAGUCCUGCCUGUGCCUGUGUCCACGUCCCGCUUUCAGGUGUCCGUCAAUGACUCCAGACAGAUCGACAUGAAGGUACCUGCACAUAAAUACCACAAUCCGAAGUACUCUUUAGUUUUUGGGAACAGCAGGGGCAUGACGGGUUCCCUACAAGACCUGUCGACGGUGGGCGACUCGAUGGUCGGUGGGCUGAAACUGAUGAACGGCCUGCAGAACAGCAUGCUUCAUAUCAGCAGGUACAACCAGGAAAAGGUGGAGCGAGUCUCCCCUCAGAGUCCUGUCCCACCUACAGAGGAAGGGGAGGAGGGAAAGGCGAGUUUGAAGAAGAACCCGGCUGUCGGAGUGAAGAAACGCAGCUCCUUCAGGAGCUUCCUGAAAGGUAGAGGAGUCAAUCACAGCACAGAGACAAUAGAGGAAGGCGUGGUCACUCCUCAGAGCCCAGACCCACCCUGCAAAGCACCAGAGACCAAUGGCAUCGCAGGAAAUGAGCUGGAGGACACAUUUGAGAUCAUUGAGAAACCAAGUCCACUGAAACCCAAAACCAAGAAGCCAUCAAAGGUCAUUCAGAGAAGCUUGUCCCUGCAGACCAUCAACUUAGGAGACGAAGACGAAUCCAAAAGCCGGCGACGGCAUCAAAAGAAGAACUGCAUCCAGUCGUGAGUGGACAGUCUGCCAUUAACGAUGAAGAGCCCCACAGACGGAUGUCAUGGCGAAACAAGCUGCAGGUCACAGCAUCACCUCACUGAAACCAGGUGACAUUAAAAGACUUCACUUGGGACUCAAAGUCCUCGCUGUGCCUCACGGGAGCCACCAAGGAUUAGACGUUGAACUUUAAACCAGUCGUGUGAAAAAAGAAAAAUCUCAACAUUUUAGCCAAAGUGCUGAUGGAGACAGAUUUCAUCGCCAUCAUUUUGUUUUUAUGUUUUGUAUUAAAUUAUUCUACAGUCAAGUGUUGUUUUUACUUUUACACUGUCUGAACCUGAACGCCACAGAAGUAGCCCCGUGCUGUGGCCCAGGUAGCGUGGGUGGAUUACAUCACACCUGCGAGUUGACCCGGUUGCCACGGAGACAGGAAAAGUGAUCCUGCUGUCCCAGAGUGUCGCCUUACAGCGGACCCUCGCUAACAGAGCGAGUGUGUUGCUCAGGCUGUGAAUAAUGUACGCCGCGCUGAGUGCUGCGCUGUUGACACAACCUGCUUCUGCUCGCCGUGUGACGGCUGCGCUGCUGUUUGUUUGUUUGCACACGAGCUGGGAUUUUGUUCUUAUUCGGGUGAAAGUGGCACCGACUAAAAUGUGAAUCCUUGAGAACCACUUGAGAUGCAAAUUAUGAAAAUACUGCAGCAGAGAAAUGGAAUAAAAGACAUGAAAACAACA